CCCAGCCUUGCUGCUGGGCAGUGCUGCGGCACCCCCGGCCCCUCCCCCCAUCCCUGCAGUGGUCCCAGGAGCCGUGCGCCGCAGCCGCAGCAUCCCCCUCCCCUCCGCACUGAGCUGGCCGCCGCCGCAGCCCGGGUCCCCGCCACCCCCACCCGCGGUGCAGAGCCUGGCCACUGCAGCCCCCGCUCUGCCCGCCCCCCUAGAUAUUUCCAGAGCCCGAGAUCGCAGCCCAUUUGGCGGGUCACGUACAGGAAAAUAGCACGGGGAAGGGGAGUUACUGCUGUCACAAUCAGAGCUGUCUUUCCUCUGUUUCCCUGCUGUCAGUUGAGCGGGGAUGCUGUGGGUUUAAGCCAGUUGAGCGGAUCUUGAGCGUCACUUUCUCCCAGGCUUAAGGGAAAUUUCUCAGGAAACCAUACCUUCUGUUUAAUCCCUCCUUUUCCCUACUUUCAAUUAUUUCUGCUGAGAGGAGGAACAAGGUCUCCCUGUUCUUCUCUCUCCUGGUUGCCUUUGCUGGGACCACAAGGCAAUCAGUGAGAUGCAGCAGGGGUGCCUUCUCAGUGGUCCGGAGGUGUGUAAAGAAAACAUCUACGCAGGAAUAUGCUGCAAAAAUCAUCAAUACCAAGAAGUUGUCCGCCCGAGAUCAUCAGAAACUAGAACGAGAGGCCCGGAUAUGCCGACUUCUGAAACAUCCAAACAUUGUGCGUCUCCAUGACAGUAUUUCUGAAGAAGGGUUUCACUACCUCGUGUUUGACCUUGUUACCGGAGGGGAGUUGUUUGAAGACAUUGUGGCCAGAGAGUACUACAGUGAAGCUGAUGCCAGCCACUGUAUACAUCAGAUCCUGGAGAGUGUUAACCACAUCCACCAGCAUGACAUCGUCCACCGGGAUCUGAAGCCUGAGAACUUGCUGCUGGCGAGUAAAUGCAAGGGUGCUGCGGUCAAGCUAGCUGAUUUUGGCCUGGCCAUCGAAGUACAGGGAGAGCAGCAGGCUUGGUUUGGUUUUGCCGGCACCCCAGGUUACUUGUCCCCUGAGGUCUUGAGGAAAGAUCCCUAUGGAAAACCUGUGGACAUCUGGGCCUGCGUUCCCAUCACCAGAAUGGGACACAGUCACUCCUGAAGCUAAGAACUUGAUCAACCAGAUGCUGACCAUAAACCCUGCAAAGCGCAUCACGGCCGACCAGGCUCUCAAGCACCCAUGGGUCUGUCAACGGUCUACGGUGGCAUCCAUGAUGCAUCGCCAAGAGACGGUAGAGUGCUUACGCAAAUUCAACGCCCGGAGAAAACUGAAGGGUGCCAUCCUCACAACCAUGCUUGUCUCCAGGAACUUUUCAGUUGGCAGGCAGAGCUCCGCCCCCGCCUCGCCUGCCGCGAGCGCCGCCGGCCUGGCCGGGCAAGCUGCCAAAAGCCUAUUGAACAAGAAGUCAGAUGGCGGUGUCAAGAAAAGGAAGUCGAGUUCCAGCGUGCACCUAAUGCCACAGAGCAACAACAAAAACAGUCUCGUAAGCCCAGCCCAAGAGCCUGCGCCCUUGCAGACGGCCAUGGAACCACAAACCACCGUGGUACAUAAUGCUACAGAUGGGAUCAAGGGCUCCACAGAGAGCUGUAACACCACUACAGAAGACGAAGAUCUCAAAGCUGCCCCACUCCGCACUGGGAAUGGCAGCUUGGUGCCUGAAGGACGGAGCCCCCGGGACAGAACAGCCCCCUCUGCAGGCAUGCAGCCCCAGCCUUCUCUCUGCUCCUCAGCCAUGAGAAAACAAGAAAUCAUUAAGAUCACAGAACAACUGAUCGAAGCCAUCAACAAUGGGGACUUUGAGGCCUACACGAAGAUUUGUGACCCGGGCCUCACAUCCUUUGAGCCAGAAGCCCUUGGUAACCUCGUGGAAGGAAUGGAUUUCCAUAAGUUUUACUUUGAGAAUCUCCUGUCCAAGAACAGCAAGCCUAUCCACACCACCAUCCUAAACCCUCACGUCCACGUGAUUGGGGAGGACGCAGCUUGCAUCGCCUAUAUCCGGCUCACUCAGUACAUCGACGGGCAGGGUCGGCCUCGCACCAGUCAGUCAGAGGAGACCCGGGUGUGGCACCGCCGGGAUGGCAAGUGGCUCAAUGUCCACUAUCACUGCUCAGGGGCCCCUGCCGCACCGCUACAGUGAGCUCAGCCACAGGGGCAUUAGGAGACUCCAGCUGGAGGUUGAACCUUCGCAGCCAGUGACUCUGGAGGGCCUGAGUGACAGCGGCGGUCCUGUUCGUUUGAGGUUUAAAACAAUUCAAUUACAAAGCGGCAGCAGCCAAUGCACGCCCCUGCAUGCAGCCCUCCCGCCCGCCCUUCGUGUCUGUCUCUGCUGUACCGAGGUGUUUUUUACAUUUAAGAAAAAAAAAAAAAGAAAAUAAGAUUGUUUAAAAAAACGGAAUUCAUACCAUGAUGCGUUUUAAAACAACUGAUAGCCCUUGGCUUGCAAGGAGACAGGAGUUUGUGUGAUGCUCAUCCAGGCAUGAACAGUGGGCUCACCCACCAGUAUUGAAGAGGUGAGCUUGGCCUCAGGCCCCCAUGGAUUCAGGGGGACCAGGCAAGGACUCUUGACAGAGCUUUGGUCAUGGACAAAGCCAUGGUGUGGUUGCAGCCCCAGAGGUGGCCUGAUCACCCCAGUUCUAGGAGUGGACUUCGUCAGACCAUGCAUUGACACCUAGUAUGAGAAAGACGCAAACACCGUGGCCGCUGGACCUACAUUGGAGAGAAUGCAGCACUGCCAGCCUGCUGUGUGUGGAGGCAGCUGUGAGGCGUGGCCUCAGGACUGAAAGCCUGGACUUUGCUGUACCGGUCCAGUUAGCGUAGACAGGAAGAGAAUUGGUGCUGCAGAAGUGUGUCCGCCAAUGAGAAACCUCGAGUUCGUCUGACAUGCACUUAACUCAUCCAUUUCUAGAGGAUGCACAAUGCACGUGGGCCUGAGACUGAGGCCCGAUUUCUGCUGGUGGAAAGGGGGAGGGAUUGCUACUUUGUUUCCUGUUGGUUUUCCUGACAUAACAAGGAGAGAUCCAGAAGUCGUUGGCCAGGGCUCCUUUUGCCACUUUUGGCAGUUGUUUGUGUGCUGAUCUGGACCAUCUUUGUCUUGUAUUUUCAUGGUGGUGGUCCCCAUGCUGACCCUCAUCUAGGCCUGGGCCCUCUGCCAAGUGCCCCUGUGGGAUGGGAGGAGUGAGGCAGUGGGUAAGAGUUGGUGGUUGUUUCUAUGCAUUCUGGCUGCCCUCUGGGCUGCCUCCCUUCUUCCCAUGCUGCACGCCCAACUCUUUCCCUGGGUUUGAGAUCGAACUGACUGCUUGGGUGAGAAGUGUCCUCUUUAAAGAGGCUCUUUAUUGACCAACCGAAGUAUAGACUUUUCUGCUGGACAAUCUGCAUGGGCAUCACCCCCUCGCCUGCAUGUACCCACAAAGGGGUCCAGAGCCAAGGCUCCUGCAUUCAUUGUCCCUCUCUGUGCUCAAGGAGGUCCAUUCCAGGAAGAAAAGGUCUGUACCUUAGGCAGAUAACAGAGAAGAUAAUGGAAGAGGCAAUUGGUCAUAGUCUUGGUUCCCUCCCACCAAACAACUGCACAUUAUCUGCAUUGGGGGGGGGGGUAGAUUUCAGCUCCUUGGGUGACCUUCAGGAGGCACAGGAGCUGGGAAAAGAGAACUACAGAGUAUGGAGCCAGCUGAGAAGAGAACAAACGCAUGGGUGCUGGUGCUUGAAUUUAGCCAGGCUCCUCAAGCACUUGUGCAUGCCUCAGACCCUGGACCCUAGACCCUUCCUGCCCUGCAGCCUGCAGUGCCAGCCAACAGAUACCUUCAUCACAGGGUUUGGUUUUGCUGGCUUGAAGACAACAAAUGGUCUUAGAGCUCUUUGAGACCCAUAGCUUCAUGUGGCUGCUCCAGCCCCACUUCUUAGCGUUCUUACUCCACUUCUGGGGCUAAUGUCAGCAUCUAUAGACUAUUAAUAGACUAUUUAAAAAACAAACCACCUUUUAAACAGGAAAUGGAAGGCAUUUGAUGCAGAACUUUUGCAUGAUGACAUAGAAAUAAUUUAAAAUAGUGUUUGUUCUGAAUGUUGGUAGUCCCUUCAUAGCUUUGUUACAAUGAAACCUUGAAGAUAUUUAAUAAAAUAACCUUUAAACAGUC